AUGGACAGCCAGACCGACGACAGCACCAUGUCCACGACCGGCAAGCAGAAGGCCGUCGCAACCGUGAACGGCGGCUCCGCACACAAACCCGACGCCGCGGGCUUCCGGGCGCAGGCCGGCAUGACCGUCGAGCCCCCCAAGAAGGAGGAUCUGCAGCAGAGCUACGCGUCCAUCGUCGGCACCGACGCCGAUGCCAAGGGCUGGUAUGGCAGCAUGAUCAACGCCUUUGGCUCCUGCAUCGGCUCCAUCGGCGCCAUCCCCUGCUGCAUACUCUGCCCCAACCCCUAUAAGAACGUCCACCAGGGCAACGUCGGCCUCGUCACCAAGUUUGGCAAGUUCUACAAGGCCGUCGACCCGGGUCUGGUCAAGAUCAACCCCCUCAGCGAGCGUCUGAUCCAGAUUGAUGUCAAGAUUCAGAUCGUUGAGGUCCCCCGACAGGUCUGCAUGACCAAGGACAAUGUCACCGUGGACCUGACCUCCGUCAUCUACUACCACAUCACAUCGCCGCACAAGGCGGCCUUCGGCAUCGCGAACGUCCGCCAGGCCCUGAUCGAGCGCACGCAGACGACACUGCGCCACGUGGUGGGCGCGCGCGUGCUGCAGGACGUGAUCGAGCGACGCGAGGAGAUCGCGCAGAGCAUCGGCGAGAUCAUCGAGGACGUAGCGGGCGGCUGGGGUGUGCAGGUCGAGAGCAUGCUGAUCAAGGACAUCGUCUUCAGCCAGGAGCUCCAGGGCUCGCUCUCGAUGGCGGCGCAGAGCAAGCGCAUCGGUGAGAGCAAGAUCAUCGCCGCCAAGGCCGAGGUCGAGAGCGCCAAGCUCAUGCGCCAGGCCGCCGACAUCCUGUCGUCAGCCCCGGCGAUGCAGAUCCGCUACCUCGAGGCCAUGCAGGCCAUGGCAAAGACAGCCAACUCCAAGGUCAUCUUCCUCCCUGCCACGAACCAGACCAUGCCCGGCUCGGCCGCCUUCAACGCCUCCAUGGCUGAGGCUGACAAGGGCAACGGCAACGGCAGCGACUUUGGCAAUAGUGACGGGGGCUUCCAGCAGGCCAUGAACGCACACAUCGUCGAAAACAUCUAG